GUUGCCACAGCCGGAGCUAAGCGCUGCUUGGCGCUCAGGAUGCGGCUUUAUACUAUGUGAGUGCAGGUGGGACGGCCGGUGCGACCGAAAAAACCCAGCGACUGCGGAGAACGGAAAACAUGGUCAGCGGCAAGCGAGUCCACCGCCUUAUAUCCAGAGGAGAGAUACAGGGUUUGUGCGUUCUCCUGCUUUACACCAGCCCUCUGUCCUGCUUUUCAAAUUUCAGCCCUCUCAUCUAUAAGAUAAAAGAAGGCUCACCCAAGGGGACUCUAAUAGGGGCCAUUGGAGCCGACCUGCAUUUGGAUUUCUCAGUCGAUCCUCCCCUCUUGUUCAAUCUGGCGCAGAAGAAGAGCAGUGUGGCGCAGUAUGUGGAGCUGAACAACACUACCGGGGAGCUGUUCACGUCGGCCGUGCCGAUGGACAGAGAGAGCCUGUGUGCAGAGCACGGUGAGGGUCACCACCAGAGCUGCUCGCUGCCGCUGGACGUGUUCAUCCUGCCCCAGCAGUACUUCCAGCUGGCGAAGGUCAGGAUCGUGGUCGAGGACGUGAACGACAACCGGCCGCGGUUCCCCUCGGACGAGAUCCGGCUCACCGUGCCCGAGAAUGCGCCAGUCAACGCUCGCUUCGCCGUCGAGCAGUCGGCCGUGGACCCGGACCUGGGCGUGAACGGCGUGCAGACCUACUGGCUGGUCAACGACUUUGGCGUGUUCACGCUGGACGUGGAGGAGAACGAGGGGGGCGAGCUCACGCCGUUCCUCAUCGUGACGGAGUCUCUGGACAGGGAGCAGCAGUCCGAGUACGUGACGGACAUCAUCGCGGAGGACGGCGGGACGCCGCCGCUCCUGGGCACCGCCACGCUGCGCAUCGUCAUCUCUGACAUCAACGACAACUGCCCCAAGUUCAGCAAGUCGCAGGUGAACGUCACCGUGUACGGGAACGCCACGCGGGGCACCCAGCUGGCCCGACUGCACGCCUACGACCCGGACCAGGGCGCCAACGCGCAGAUCACCUACACCUACAGCGAGCGCAUCACCACGGACACAAGAAACCUGUUCCACCUGGACGCGGCGACGGGCGUGAUCAAGCUGGCGGGGAAGAUUGACAACGGUAACACUAACAACGCCAAGCUCUACAAGCUGACCGUGCUGGCCAACGGCCCGGCGUGCAUCCCUGACGUCGCCACGGUGACCAUACACAUCAUCCGGGUGGUGUCGGGGCCGCCGUUGCUCGCGCCGCGCUACAUUGCGGCCGAGCGGGACGGCGUGGUGACCCUGAAAGAGUCUGAGCCGGCAUUCACGCCCGUCGCCUUCUACACGGUGAAGAACGCCGACCCGCGCCAGAGGCUGGAGUGUUUGCUUGAAGGGUUCGGCCCGUUCAGACUCACGCCUUACGAGCGGGUGAAAAACGAGUACCUGCUGGAGACCACGGAGGCGCUGGAUUACGAGACGCAGCAGGAGUACGAGCUCACCAUCGUGGGCCUGAGCCCGCACGGCGUGGCCAUGAAGACGGUGGUGAGGGUCCAGGUGGAGGACGAGAACGACAACGCCCCCGUCUUCAAGCAGUCUCUCUUGGAGAUCUUCGUGGAGGAGAACAACGCGCCCAACACCUUCCUCGCCAAGCUGCAGGCCUCGGACGCGGACAGCGGCAGCCGGGGCGAGGUGGUCUACCUGCUGGGCUCCGACGCACCCGGCAUGUUCCACCUGGACCGCCAGACCGGCGUCCUGACCGUCGCCACCUCCCUGGACCGGGAGGAGAAGGAGACCUACCGCUUCAUGGUGCGGGCGGUGGAUCGCGGCUCGCCCCGCAAAGAGAGCAUCGCCACCGUCAUCGUGACCGUGCAGGACCGCAACGACAACAGCCCGCGCUUCAUCAACAAGGACUUCACCUUCUUCGUGCCCGAGAACUUCCCGGGCUUCGGCGAGAUCGGCGUGCUGUCGGUGACGGACGCGGACGCCGGCGAGAACGGCUGGGUGGCCCUGUCCAUCCUGAACGGCAGCGACAUCUUCGUCAUCGACACGGGCCGCGGCGCGCUGCGCGCCAGGACCUCUCUGGACCGCGAGCAGCAGGGGACCUACUACCUGUGGAUCGAGGCCGUGGACGGGGGCAAGCCCGCCCUCUCCUGCGUCACCAUGGUGACCGUGCUGCUCCUGGACGUCAACGACAACCCGCCCAUCGUCCUCUUCCCCCAGUCCAACCAGUCCUACAUGCUGGUGCUGCCCAGUACCCUGCCGGGCACCUCCAUCACCGAGGUGUACGCGGUGGACCGGGACACGGGCAUGAACGCGGUGAUCGUGUACAGCAUCGUCAAGCGGCUGGGCGGCGGAGAGCCGGGGUCCUUUGACAUCGACCCCAACACGGGCAACAUCACCCUGCGCAAGACCCUCAGCGACCGCGGCCUCUACAGCCUCCUGGUGAAGGUGAGCGAUCACGGCCAGCCCGAGCCGCUGCACGCCACCGUCAUGGUCAACCUGUUUGUCAACGAGACCGUCAGCAACGAGAGCUACAUCCAGAGUCUGCUCUUGCGGCAGACCACGGUGGAGAUCGAGGACAGCUCGGCACUGCGGGAAUCCCGGCAGUGGAUCCCGGAUCGGCAGGUGUUUCCCUGUCAGCCGGUGUUGAUCGGGCUGUCGGCGACCUGCCUGGGGCUUUUCAUCAUGGUAGUGUCACUGUCGGUGUACGUCAGCUGUAGAAAGCUGCGGAAGCAUAAAAAGAAGCGGCUGGGAGUGGAGAUACCCUUGAAAAUGAACGGUGACAUGCAAGCAGUGGACCGGAAACUCAUGGAGAUUUCCAACAUAUGACUUUUUUAUGUGCCCCAUCCCACCCCUACAUCCUGCAUAAGACUGCUUCACAGUUUACAAAAAAAACAAUACUGGCAGAAAACAGAAAACGGGAACCAAGCAAUUUUAAUGUCACACUGCUCAAAGUAAAAGAUUGGAAUUAUACUCAAUCACACUAUCACACACAGAGGACUCCUAGUCCAAAGCCUAAUCUGUAUAUAUUGUAAAUAGAAUGUUUUAUAAUUUUAUGAGAAAAAUCUUUUAAUUUUAAAAAAAAUAUCUUAAAGAUAAACUAAUAUUUUGACAUGAAAAACAGAAGCCUGUAUUUGUCUAUAUGAUGAACGCCUAUCCUUUUUUUCUGUGGAUAAAAAGAUGUCGCGGUGUUCCCUAACACUGAUAUGAAUUUGAAAAAAGUAUGAAUAUAUUCAACUCAAAAUGAGAUCAGGAUGUCUUCAGCUACUGAGGAAGUUGUUUUUUAUACUAGUCCACACAAAUCUCUCCCCUGCUGUUUUCCAAAAGUCCAACAGCAAUGACUACUCUGCUAUCGUCACAAAAAGGCAAGUGCUAUUGUACUGUGAUUUAUUUUUUUCUCUCAGGUGUUAGAGACAUUUUUUAUUUUAUUUUAUUUUUUUCCCACAAUGCAGUGGACUGCAGUGCUCAGAGGGACAGACCCGUGCAGUGCAUCCCUGGCUGACUGGCUGGCAUGCAAAAAAAAGGCCCUGAGCGUGCCACAGUGCUGUGCUAUCUAUGUGCAGGACAGCUGGCAGCUUUAGCCAGGCCCAGGACAAAGUUGUCUGAAAGGGCCCCCAAACGCAAUACAUUUAUUGAAAUUUGAGGACCUGUUCUGAGCCCCUUUCCCUGGGCCCAGAUUAAAUGACCCCUUUAUCCCCCGCGCCCUGUCAGCUUCCCUGGUUUUGUGCUAUGAGCUGCUGCUGCUUCUGCUGCUGUUGCUGCUGUUGCCUGUUCCCUCAUUGGUGACUCAGCCAGUUGGUUUCGUUAUCAAGCAUCCUGCCAGCUUUAUCAGACUGACCCACCACCACCACCACCACCAAUCCCUAAACUCCCUCCCCUCCCCUGCGCAACACCCCACCCCUACCCCAUCUUUUUGCCCGUUGGUGAAGUUCCACUUUCAAAAACACAAAGACGUGGCUAUGUUUGUAUGUGUCAAUGGAGUUAUGUAUGAUUAUUAAAA